AUGGGAAAGUAUCAGGCCAGAUCCCCCGUCGGAUCCCCAGGGGGCGCCCUCUCGUCGAUCCCUCUUUUUCCACGCGGAGGACAACUGACACUUUCCACGUUGUGGGCCCUCUGGACUGCCUCUGAGUCCCGCCACCCCCCAAAGUCCCCUCCCACGGGCGACUCUUGCUUCCUUCUAAGCUCGGGCUCCGGCGUCUUACCUGCUCAGCGGACCAGACGGGCUCUGCCCAGGGGGGGCAAGAUGGCAGCAGGGCCAAAUGGGUGCCAAGAGUGGGUGGGCAGCGCCUACCUGUUUGUGGAAUCCUCGCUGGACACGGUGGUCCUGUCGGACAUCUACGCACAGCCCCAGCAGAAGGUGGCGGUGUACAGGGCUCUGAGAACUGCCUUAGCAGAGAGCGGCGGGAGCCCAGACGUGGUGCAAAUGCUCAAGAUCCAUCGCAGCGACCCGCAGCUGGUCGUGCAGCUGCGUUUCUGCGGGCGCCAACGCUGCGGCCGCUUCCUCCACGCCUACCGCGAGGGGGCGCUGCGCGUCGCUCUGCAGAAGCGCUUGGCGGCGGCGCUCCAGCGGCACUCGUUGCCCCUGCGGCUGGAGCUGCGCGCGGGCUCAGAGCUGCUGGACGCUUGGCUGACGGAUGAGGAGCGCUGUUUGAGCUGCAUCUUAGCUCAGAAGCCCGACCGGCUCCGGGAUGAGGAGCUCGCGGAGCUGGAGGAUGCGCUCCGGAACCUGACGUGCAGCCCCGAGGGUCAGGGUGGCGGCGUGGAGGUUGUGCUGGCCCCUUCGCAGCCUCUGGUCCCCUCUCCGUCGGAAGAGAAGCCGUCUCCGCCGGCACCUGUCCACACUUUUCUGUUCCAGGGUCAGCCCGUAGUGAACCGGCCGCUGAGCCUGCAGGACCAGCAGACGUUCGCGCGUUCCGUGGGCCUCAAGUGGCGCAAGGUGGGGCGCUCGCUGCAGCGCGGCUGCCGGGCGCUGCGCGACCCCGUGCUGGACUCGCUGGCCUACGAGUACGAGCGCGACGGGCUGUACGAGCAGGCCUUCCAGCUGCUGCAGCGCUUCGUGCAGGCCGAGGGCCGCCGCGCCACGCUGCAGCGCCUGGUCGAGGCGCUGGAGGAGAACGAGCUCACCAGCCUGGCAGAGGACCUGCUGGGCCUGAAUUAGGCCCAGCCCCGGAAGAAGGGGCGGCCGGCCGGCUGGCUUCCCGGCCGGGGUCUGGAGCCCCUGGAUGACCGUCCGGGCCCUUCUGCUGCUACCGCUGACCCCGUCCAUCCGCGGGAUGCUGCGAUCGGCUUAAACUGCUUUCCUCUCGGCUGCAGCUGCCGGGGCAGAGCUGACUGCCUUUCCCAGGAGCCAAGUUCGCUGGGGGCGCUCCUUUGGGGAUCCUACCCCAGAGCUGGGAUAGAGCUGGGGGUGCGCCUUUGGGGACCCUACCCCAGAGCUGGGGGGAGUGGCGCCGAGGUCGGCUUCUCCCUCUCCCACCCCGGAAGAGAGGCUCCCAGCACGAAGCACCUGGGUGUUGCAGAAGCACCGGUCUCGCCUGCCUGCAGCACACACUCAGGGUGGGACCUGGAUGCUGAGCCACGGUAAUAAAGUGUAAGGACAAAACCA